AUGUUAACUCUAUUGAUAGGUGAUUUGCAUAUACCGGAGAGGUCAAUUGAGAUACCUCCUAAAUUCCGAAAAUUAUUAGCACCAAAUCCAAAUCAAACACCAUCCAAUAAUAAAAUAUCCCAAGUAUUAUGUUUAGGGAAUUUAACUAAUAGUUUCGAUACAUUGAAGUUCUUAACUAACCUAUCGCCAUCAUUCAAUUUGGUCAAAGGCGAAUUUGACAAUUCUGUAAUAUUGAGUCAGCAAUUGAAUGAGUUAAAUUUAAAGAUUGAUCCAAUACCUUAUCAUCAAACCAUUCAAAAUGGAAAUUUGAAAAUUGGAUUUACUAAUGGUUAUCAAGUAAUCCCUAAAAAUGACCCAUUAAGUUUAUUAAAUUUAGCGAGAGAAUUAGAUGUUGAUAUUCUCGUUUGGGGUGGGACUCAUAAAGUAGAAGCUUACACCUUGGAUGAAAAAUUCUUUAUCAAUCCCGGUAGUGUUACUGGGUCAUAUUCAUUCGAUUGGCCCGAUAACGAAGACGAUGACGAAGAAGAGGAAGAUGAAGAGGAUGAACCAGAAGAAAAAGAAGAAGAGAAUGGAGAAGAAAAAAAUGCCGAUGUAAAAGAAGAACAAAACGGAGAAACUCAAGAUUCUAAAACGGAAGAAACUGAAUCCGAUAAACCAGUUGAGGAUGAAAAAGAUGAAGAAUUGAAUAACGAAAUAACAGACUUAUCGUCGUCAAUACCUUCUUUUUGUUUGUUAGAUACUAAUGGAAAUAAGUGUACUGCUUAUAUAUAUACAUAUAUUGAAGGAGAAGUUAAAGUUGAUAAAGUUACUUAUCAAAAAGAAUAA